UGAUCACAAGUUCCAUCCGCCAUGAAGCUUCGGCAGAGGGAGCCCUCAGGGCAUCAGACCACCCUCCUGAAGCAGCUGCGAGAAUUUUGGACCACAGGAUAUCUAUGUGACGUUGUGUUGCAGAGUUGUGAUGGCAAAGAGCACCGCUGCCACAGAAAUAUUUUGUCAGCAACCAGUUCUGCUCUGAAGGGCCUGCUUUCUGAAUCUUUCAGUGAAGGACAGCAAAUACAACUGGGACAACCAGUCGAAAUAGCUGCUUCUGAUGUUGUUGUUGAUGCAUUACUUGACCACAUCUAUGGUGGAGAGCCUGACAUCUCCGCACCAAAUGCCAUCGAACUCUUGCGGCUUGCUACGGCAUAUGAGCUGCCAAAGCUGGUGACAGAAAUCGAAUCAGAAUUGCGAGCCUCAUUGGACAGCACCAAGGCAUUACAAUUGCUCCAGGAAAUUCAUACCUUGGGAUUGCCAGAUUUGAGGCUUGCUUGUGAAGAAGAGAUAGCUCGUGACUUUGAGAGCUGUGUGCAGCAAGCAACCUUCAAGAGCCUCAGUGCAGCGCAGUUGGCACGCCUUCUAGCAAGAGAAGAUCUAUGGGUCACACGUGAGGAGGUGGUUUUGCAGGGGCUGUUCAACUGGCUCAAAGCCUCCAGCGAACGGAGUAGCAGCUUGGGCAUAUUACUACCACUGAUUGACUUUAGAGCGCUGUCCGCAGCUAAUCUGGAAAGAUUCCGCUUGCUAGCGCAGUCGAUGGGUCAAAACGGCUUCGACUUGCAGCUUGCGGUCGAUGAAGCACGACAGCCGCUAUGGCAAGAGCGUCCAGCUAAGAGGCGAUGCUUGCAGUGUUGGUCACCAGAACUCGGAGCCUUUCCUCGAUGUUUUGAGUAUGGCCAAUGGGUCGCAGGAAAAUUGCGCUUUUGCUGGCACAAGGGUGAUAUUUAUCAUAUUGAUAUGGGUGCACUUGUUAGUUGGAAGUCUGAUGGCACAGGGUCUGUUAUGGCAGCACAAGGGUCUUUGAACGGCAGAGGCGUAGCAGCUACCCCACAAGGCGAAAUCCUUGCUGUUGGCGAUGACAGUUUGUUGACCUUCAAGGGCGGUGCAGGAUCGGUAAAGCUUGAGAUCCCAGGCUUGCUAAGCGUUUGCUGCUCGCCCAACGGAAAAAUCUACGUGUUGAACAAGUGCUUCGACGACCAUGGAUGGUUUGAAAGCUGGACAGUGCAGCGAUUGGAAGGAUCUACUCUUGUUCCAAUUCUGGUGAACUCCGAAAGGCCCCAACAGUUCCAACCGCGGAGAAUCUUCGUUUCACAAGACGAGACGCUCUACAUGGUUGGCACGCAAUGUGUUCGCAGUUCUUCCCUCUUUGAUUCGGAUGAUUCAUCAUCCAGCGAUCCAACUCACUGGGUUUUUGGGCGCAUCACUGGUGACGCGAAAACGGUAAUCCUGGGCCGCCUUUUCGGAGACUAUUUUU